GAUGUGAAAUACCCCCGAUCAUCACAAGCAUUGUAGAAUACCUCAAAGAGCAUGGUCUAAACCAGGAAGGAAUUUUUCGAAUAAGUGGUAAUCAUAAGGUGGUUGAGUCCCUCAAGGCAACAUACGACAGAGAUGGUGAAGCCAACUUGGAACAAGUUGGAGAUGUUAUGGCUGUUGCUGGAUUACUUAAACUUUUCUUGAGAGAACUACCUGAGCCACUUAUUCCUCAAGAUAUGACAGCAGAUUUCAUCAAAGUUUAUCAAGCCCAUAAAGAUGAUGGUGGGGGUCUAUCUGAUAUGAAGGCAUUGCUAGAGAAGCUUCCAGCAUCAAAUUACCACUUGCUCAAGUACCUUUGCACUUUUCUUGUAACAGUCUCUAUGAGUGAAGAGAACAAUAAAAUGAGUUCAACAGCUUUAGCUAUUGUGUUUGGACCAAACUUUUUCAGAUGUGGUGAUGGAUUAGAAGGUCUGCGAGAACAAGGACGCACUAAUGCAAUAGUUGGCAGGUUUAUUGAAGAAUUUGACACAUUAUUUGAGGUGUCUCCCUAUGCCACUACUGACAUAUUCAGAGUUCAAGAAACAAAGACAAAUGACCAUCCAACACUACGGGUACCCAACAAAUCACUACAAAAGAUUGUUAAUGAAAAGAAUGAAAGCUCAGCCAGUGAUGAGGACUCAUUUCAUCUCGUGGGAGAGAAAGAGAAGGCUGGAGAAGAUGGCCCCACUUAUGCCACAGUAAAGAAGCCAAAAAAGGCUCCACAGUCCUCCACUCAUAUAACACCGCACUCAGAAGACCUGGAUAUGUAUGUGAGGUCUGUUUCACCAUCAUGGAAUACUCAACAAAGUGAUUCAGGCCCCAUACCAGAAUCUACCAAGCCCCCUGCUGGCAAGGAAAUUGUACAAAAAACAAUCAAUGACACCAUCAAAGAACACUUGUUUGGGCCUGACCUGACGUCUACAGAUGAAAACAGCCCACACUCGCCAGAGUCAGGAGAUGAAGUAACAGGUCCACCACUACCAAGUCGUAAUUACACGGAUGAGGAAGCUAGCAAACCAAGGAGGAGAAGGAGAAGAAAUGUCAAGAGUCAGCUAGAGACAUCAGAUUCAAGCGGCAUUGUUGAAAACAGUAACCCGCUAAAGAAGGUUACAAAGGAAGCUGUGGACUUGCUCACUAAAGAUGAAGAAGACCAGGUUAAGAAGGGAAGUGUGGUGAAACCUGUGAAGAAGAGACCCAAAUCUGAAGGAUUUGAAUUGUUCGAAAAGAAGGAAAUAGUUAUUGGUGUGGACGAGAACAGCAAUUACAUAUUCAGCUCUACAUUUCCUCGGAAAAACGAUGGUCAAAAAAAUGACGAGGAUAUUUAUCAAGAAAUAUUAGGAACAGGUAAAAGUGAUCCUCUGUUCAGCGUGAGCAGGACCUCUGAGAUUUUGGAAUCUUUGACGCGUAAUAGGGCAGCUCCUCCUAAAAAUAGACGAAGGCCAAGCCUGAAGAAACGACACGAAACUAGUGAGAUUUUCUCAAACGAAGAUGAUGAAUACUCAGACAAGGAUGAUCAACAGAGACAAAACAAGUCAAAGGUACAUCCUUUAGUUGAUGAAGCAAAGAAUAAAAAUGUAGUGUCGACAACACCACCUAUAUCACCUAGAACCUCCAGAUCAUCAAGGAUUCAGCUGCACUCAGCUUCAUCCAGGCAAGAGGGCGAAGUGGAUGAAGUAGAUUCGUCAUCGUUCAGACCCAGGAAGGAACUUCUUACCAAGCAGUACAAGAAAAAGCAUCACGGAGCACCCAUUGUCCCUCCAUUAGAGCUCUACAAGCUUCAGCAGCAUGAUGACGGCAUACAGCUGUCUCCCAGGGAAAGAUACGAUGGGCUCGGCACAGAUGAAGCAUUAUUGUCCCCUAGAUCUAGGCCCCUUACCAUUGAUACCCGCACCAUUCCUCACGAGUGUCCUCCAUCACCGCCCCAUGAGCAGAUAGAGCAUUCCUGGUUUGAACGAAGAGUGGAUACAUCUCCAAAGGGUGAAUUAACCGUCAAACAACUCACUAAAACAAUCGGUCAGCUCAAGAAGAAAAUACGCGACUUCGAAGACGCAUUCGAGGACGAAAACGGGCGAAGACCUUCACAAAGCGAAAAAGCGCCCAUAAAGAAGUACGUGGCAGAACUUGGCCGUGCAAGAAAACAGCUGAAAGAGCUGAAAGAACGCGCUAAAGGAGAAGCAGAACGCUUAAACGAAACUGUGCCUCCGAUGAGCGGACAAGGAUUGAAAAGCAGUAAUAGCGAACCUUUACUUACCACCACGCCCGCAAGUAUCGAACACUCCCUGGAAAGUUUGCUGAAAAAAUUACAAGAGAAGAGGAAGGAUACCGGCAGACCGGAGGAGGUAGAACAAAUGAGUCGAGACCAGCUUCAAGAUGAGAAGCUGGCAGUACAAAAGGCGCUACUUCAACAUGAAAGCGUGUUCGGUCGGCCUAAUAGUAAAAAUGACAAGGAUGUGAUGAGGCCUUUGUAUGACAGAUACCGCACAAUCAAGCGGAAACUUUCCACACCCGCCACGGAACCGCCCGUGAAAGUCCAAGGUAACCGGCCGCGCACUAGUUCAAUCGAUAGAAUGGUAUCUGAUCUGGCUCCAAUUCAUGAAGAUGCUCUAUUGCACUCACCCAGUGGAGGCUCUUCUGCUAGAAACCUUACUCAGUCUCUGCCCAUCACUGGUAGCAAGGAGUCACCCCGGAGGCGUAGUACAGGUAACAUGCCUUACACAGACACAUUAGAUGGUGAUGAUGACUCUUUUGGUGACACAAUCCAGGACACACUGACACUCCGUGACUCCGCUCAGUUCAGGGACGAGCUCAGGGAGGAUGCUAAAUUCCACGAAAUGAGCCGAGAUGAGUUAAGUGAGCAGCUAGAACUGAAAAAAAAAGAGAAAAAGAAAAUGAGAAAGAAACUCAAGACAUUUGAGGAUGAGUUCUUCGAGGAAACUGGACGGCGAGUGCAGAGAGACGACAGAGGUGAAAUGCAGAAUGAUUACCACGAGUAUAAGCACAUAAAGCAUCAGUUGAAGCUUAUAGAGGCUUUGUUGACAAAGCGCCAAGUAACUAAUACGAUGUAAACUUUCGAGAUUUUUUCUUGUGUAUAUUAUUUCGAUUAUUUGUUAAUAGAAACGACUUUAUGAUAUGUUGAAUUUUGUAAAGAGUUUUAAAAGAAAUUAAAAAGUUAUUUUUUGUCAAACGAAAA